AUGAAUUAUCAAUAUAUUCUUGGAGGAGAGUUUCUUGCUUGUAGUUUUGCAUUUGUGUAUGUUCUAUACACUCUUGUUGAAAAGAAAAAACCCAAAGAAAUAGCUUCAAGCUCAACAUAUCUGAAAACCAAUGGUCCAAAAAAUGGAAUAUGCAGCAGCUUAUUGCAAGAGGCUGCAGGAGGUACUGAUAUCAUCAUUGUAGGUGCUGGAGUUGCUGGUUCUGCUCUUGCUUACACACUUGGAAAGGAUGGAAGGCGAGUGCAUGUCAUUGAAAGGGACUUGAGUGAACCUGAUAGGAUUGUGGGAGAACUGCUACAACCUGGGGGGUAUUUGAAGUUACUUGAGUUGGGUCUUGAGGAUUGUGUAGAUGGAAUCGAUGCUCAGAGAGUCUUUGGUUAUGCUCUUUAUAAGGAUGGAAAGAAUAUCAAGUUGUCUUAUCCCUUAGAAAAUUUUAACGUUGACGUUUCUGGAAGAAGCUUUCAUAAUGGUCGUUUUAUAAAGAAAAUGCGAGAGAAGGCUUCAUAUUUACCGAAUGUAAAAUUAGAACAAGGAACUGUCACAUCUUUGGUUGAAAAAAAUGGAAGCAUCGUAGGGGUGAAUUACAAAAACAAGAGUGGACAAGAGUUCACUGAAAAGGCUCCUCUCACUAUUGUAUGCGAUGGCUGUUUUUCUAAUUUGAGGAGUUCUCUUUGCAAACCUAAGGUUGAAGUACCUUCUUAUUUUGUUGGUUUAGUCUUGGAGAAUUGCAAUCUUCCAUAUGCAAACCAUGGGCAUGUUAUCUUGGGUGAUCCAUCACCCAUUUUGUUUUACCCUAUCAGUAGUACUGAGAUUCGUUGUUUUGUUGAUGUGCCUACUGGUAGAAAAUUACCUUCCAUUGGUAAUGGUGAAAUGACCCAUUUUUUGAAGAUAGUGAUAGCUCCCCAGAUUCCUCCAGAGUUGUAUAAUUCUUUUAUCGCCGCAGUUGAUAAAGGAAACAUAAGAAGCAUGCCCAAUAGAAGCAUGCCUGCCUCACCUUAUCUUACUCCAGGGGCUCUUAUGAUGGGAGAUGCCUUCAAUAUGCGUCACCCUUUAACAGGAGGAGGAAUGACUGUGGCUUUGUCUGACAUUGCUUUGCUAAGAAAUUUACUUAAACCUCUACAUAACCUACAUGAUGCUUCUGCUCUUUGCAAAUACCUUGAGUCAUUCUACACCUUUCGCAAGUCAACGUCGUCUACAAUAAACACAUUAGCUGGUUUAUUGUAUACAAUAUGUAUUGCAUCUCCAGAUCCAGCUAGAAAGGAAAUGCGUGAAGCAUGUUUCAAUUAUUUAAGUCUUGGAGGUGUUUUCUCAGAUGAACCAAUUGCUCUACUCGCAGGUCUUAAUUCUAGUUCAUCGACUUUGUUGUAUCAUUUCAUUGCGGUGGCUGCAUAUGGUGUAGGUCGAUUAAUGAUGCCAUUUCCAUCUCCAAAACGAAUUUGGAUUGCUGCUAGACUUCUUUCGGUUGCAUUGGGUAUCAUUUUCCCGAUUAUCAAGGCUGAAGGAAUAUGGCAAAUGCUUUUCCCAUCAACUGUGCCUGCUCUUCUUUGCACACCUUAUGCUAGAGAGUAAAAUCA